GUGUGUGUGUAGUCCACUGCUGUGUCUGCCUGCUAGCUGGAGUGUGUCUGUGUUUCAUACACAUGUUGGACUAUGCCCUUGGACCUUACCUUUGGACUACCUGAGUUAGUUUAACUGGCUCUCAGCUGUUGCCAGGUUUUUCACAAGUACCGCCUCUUACCUGCUGGAGUUAACCUGUUUCUGGGUGUUGACCUGUGUAUAUUUGACCGACUGGGAGUUACUACCUCUGUUGGAAUUCACCUGUUAGAGGGAGCUCAGCUGUGUAUCAACACGUGCCUCCCUGCUACUGGAGUUGACCUGUGUGAAGGAGUUUACCUAUGUGAAGGAGUUUGCCUGUGUGAAGGAGUUUACCUGUGUGAAGGAGGUUUACCUGUGUGAAGGAGGUUUACCUGUGUGAAGGAGGUUUACCUGUGUGAAGGAGUUUGCCUGUGUGAGAGAGUUUACCUGUGUGAAGGAGGUUUACCUGUGUGAAGGAGGUUUACCUGUGUGAAGGAGUUUACCUGUGUGAAGGAGGUUUACCUGUGUGAAGGAGUUUACCUGUCUGACUGGAACACCUUUUGGAAUUCUGACCAACUAAUUCAUUGGAGCUUCUCUCUCCUGCGGGGGUUCACGUAUCUGAGAGUAGAGACCUGCAUCCUCCAGCUGUGUGUGUGUGUGUGUGUGUGUGUGUGUGUGUGUGUGUGUGUGUGUGUGUGUGUGUGUGUGUGUGUGUGUGUGUGUGUGUGUGUGUGUGUGUGUGUGUGUGUCAGGAUGAUGGAAGAAGUGUCUAUCAGGGUGGCAUAUGAUGACUCCCACAUCAUAGACCAGAUGGCAGAGGAGGAGAUACUGGCCUGCCUGAUGGCCGAGUCUAUACCCAAACACACGCUUCCCAGUAAGAAGGCCACACUGAGAGAUAACCAGCCGCAACAACAGGAUGACCUCAUAGACAGAUACCAGAGGGAGAACCGUCAGCUGCAGCAGGCCAGUCUGCGUCUGGAGCAGGAGAAUGAUGUUCUGGCCCACACACUGAUCACCAGCAAGAUCUCCCUGAGGACCGACCUGGACCAGGCGGAGGACAGAGUGGAUGAGCUGACCAAAGAGCUGCUGAAGACCAGAAAGAAAUUGAAGAAUGCAGAGGAAGAAAAGAGAGGGAAGGAGGAGGAGGCUGCUCAGUUGAAGGAGGUGUUAAGGACAAAGCUGGACAAGGCUGAUCCAGAGGUGAAAAGGAGCUCAGGCAUCAUCUCAGACUACAAACAGAUCUGUUCCCAGCUGACCAGUCGGGUGGAAAGGCAGCAGGCGGCCCACAGAGAGGACCUUGACAAACUCAGGAAUGCUGUGCUGGCGUGUUCUCGCUGCCGACAGGCUCUAGAUUCUCCUAUCAUGGAAGGCUCUGGUUCCACAGCCCCGUACCAGAGAAGUAUCAGCACCAGAGAACCAGGCCAGCAGAGAGACCAGGAAACAGAACCAGACCAGCAGACGACUAGUACCAGGGAACAAGACCAGGAGAUGGUGUAUCUGAGUGGCCAGGUCACAGAGCUGGAGAAGGAGCUGGCCCAGACUAAACUACACAUGGUGGAGGCCAAGUGCAAGAUCCAGGAGCUGGAACACCAGAAGGGGGUAAUGCAACGUGAUCUCCAAACAGCAAGGAACAGCUGGCUCACUAAGACUGUGAGCUCCAUACGGUCAGCCGGAGGGGGCCCACAGAGCAGCAGCCUACCCAGGGGGAGAGCCUCGGCAAUGGGGCGUUCUCUCCAUGGCCUCCCCCUCUCAGCCUGGAGCUCCAGGAGACUGUCAUGGGCCCCCAGGAAGGACCGGGGGGGAGAUGUCUGACAGAGAGAUGGAAGGGAGGGGGAGAGACAGCAAGAGGACGUAUUGAGAGUAUAGAUAAUAUGUAUUGGAAUGAUUAUAUAUGUCUCUUGGUGACUGUUUGUUUCUGCAUUCUAGUCCCUAUUUUGGUUUUAUUUGUUAUUGUCAAAAGCAAAUUUGGAUACAGGAGUUUUAUGUAUGUUUUAUGUGUUGCUUUGGCUCUUAAACUCUUAAAACCAAACUCCAAACUGGUAA